AUGGACGUACUGUAUUUAUGGUACUGGCUGAAGAAGCGACCCGAGGCUCUUAGCAGUGCCCGUGGCGGAAUGUAUGAGGAGGACGAAUUCGAUUCACUUUCAUCGUCAACUCCGACACGUGAGCGCCGAAAUGCAACCCCAAGCAAACCCAGUUCAACGAAAAAGAGGCCACGCGAGAGCCUUCCAAGCAGACGAACUCCCAACAAGAAGUACAAAGCUGAUUCCGACUCAAUGGAGGUGCUGGUAACGCUCGUUGGUAGAAUUGCAGCCGCGCGAGGGAGCCUGAAAUCACACUUGCAAGAGAACAGGAUCAAGAGGCUGCUGUCCGACGUUGACAAAGUCGUGUACUGCUUCUUGGGCCUCCGCCGCCUCGACGGCCGUAUCAACACGGACACCUGCAACAUCCAUCACAUCAUCGAAACAUUGGACUACACCAACUGCCACUGA